GUUUCAGUAUUAGAAAUUAUUAAUUUUAUAUUUGUGCACUUAUAAAGAAUUGCGAUUUUAAUAAAGUCUUUCCUGACGUAAUUCAACAGACGAUAUAAACGUGAUAACAUCUAAAAUGUCUCAAAAUUCACGAUAUCGGCCGAACAACCGACGAAAUCAGCAAAGAAAUAAAAAUGCUCCCACUGCUAAUUUGAAUGAGGAAUCAAAUCCCGUUGUUAAAGUAUUCCAGGAAUACGCACGGGAGUUGGAUGACAAGCAUGAUCGAUAUGAACGAAUUGUGAAGCUUAGUCGCGAUAUUACCAUUGAAGCAAAACGUAUAAUUUUCCUUUUACAUACCAUAGACGGUAGAAAAAACAAUCGUUCUAAGGUACUAGAAGAAGCCGAACAACGCUUGACAAAAGUGAUUGAGAUAAAUUUCAAGUCUAUAGCUUUGGAACUUAUUGGGCAGGAUCCCUAUCAAUACCGUGGUGCAUACUCACCGGGAUUACAGGAAUUCAUUGAAGCCUAUAGUUUUAUGGAGUAUUAUAAAGUUGGCGCUGACGAAAUAUCAGGAACAAUGUCGGAUUGGAACUUUCUGCAACAAAAAAUGCAGUACGAACAAGACGACAAACCUCAUCAAAUGAAAGACGAUUCUCAGUUACCAGUAGACAGUCCAAUGGAUGUGAAAGUUGAACAUGACAUUAAAACAGAACCCCAAAAGUUUGAAUUCUUCGUUGACCCUACAGAAUAUAUUUUGGGAAUAUCAGAUCUAACCGGCGAAUUAAUGAGACGGUGCAUUAAUUCACUGGGUAGUGGAGAAACGGAUGUGUGCUUGGAAACGUGCAAGGUUCUGCAGCAACUUUACUCAGGGUAUAUAAGCCUUAAUGUGCAACGUAGCCGCGAAUUAUCACGUAAAAUUUAUACAAUGCGUCAAAGUGUUUUAAAAGCUGAAAAUGUUUGCUACAACGUGAAAGUACGUGGAGGAGAAGCAGCGAAAUGGGGUGCUGUGUUUGAAAAUAAAGUCACUGAAGAUUUGGAUGAAGGAUUUUAUUAAAAAAAAUUGUAUUGUAACAAUAAAAGAGUCGCACAUUAUUUCUGAAUUAAUAUAGAUAAAAUCUGGAAAAUUAAAAAAUUUUGUCAUUUACAUACAUAUCUAUAUCGCAACUUCUCUUCUUGGGUGAUUAAUUGCAAUAACCAAUUCGGAUUUACUAUAUAUUAUACUUAUAAAUUUAUGUAUUUACAAAACAUCGUUUUACAAUUGUAAAUACUUCCAAUGAAUAUUUGUCACGCCAUUUACACACACUCAGUUACAAAUUAUAUCACUAACAACUAGGUAUUCAUCAUUCUUCAGCUCUGUCACAAGCAUCAUAAUCCUCUUCAUCGUCCUCG